AUGAUGAUAAAUAUUUUAAAAUUAUUGAAAAAACUAUCGAUUGGUUAUCCAAACGUUAGAAUCGUUUCAAAGAAUUCACAUAGAAUAUGGUGUAUAGUCAAGGUUCAGUCGGUCGUACGUAGAUGGCUGGCAAUUCGAUUGCUUAAGAAAUUGAAAUUGGAGAAACAACAGAGAGAACAACAGGUUUUAGAGAUCAAACAACUAGAGUUAACUCCAACCAUCUCUGCCGUCAUUGGUGCACACAAACUACAGCAACAACAACUGCCAGAUCAAAUCGAUUUGAAUCCGGUGGGUGACGAAUUCAAUCCGAAUUUGAUUGUUGGUGAAACCAGUUCAGAUGAAGAAUCUGAUCAAAAUGAUAAAUCAACUACAUCAAUAACAUCAUCAACCAAUAAUACUGAAGAAUUGAAACCAAUUGAAGAUGAACUAUUGAAAAGAUCAUUUGAGAAAUUGGAAAUGCAUAACAAUGUUAACCUUACCAGAGAGCAACAUUCAUUGUCAAUCGAUUUGAUGUCAGAAGAGUCGACACCACAUCCAUCUAGAUCAUCGUCGAUGUCCUCUUGCAUCUCCAGUUCAUCUGCAUCAUCUUCACCUGCUGCCAUUGAAUCUAUUUCAAAUAGUGCUGGUACAAAGCAAAGUGCUGCUGUAUCUAUUACACCAUCGAUUUCAUCACCUUCAUUGCUAGAGAAUACAACUUCAACAACCUCGAGUAACAACGAUAACAAUGAAAACAACAAACCAACAAUUACAAUAACAAAACCAGCAACACCAACAACAACAACAAAUACAUCAUCAUCAUCACCACCAACAUCAAGAAGAACAAAAACAAUCGAUGAAAUGGUACAUGUAGAGAAAGGAUACGUUUCAGACAUGAAUACGAUUAUCGAUGUUUUCUAUCAACCAUUGAAAGAUUCGAAUCUUUUAACCGAUGAAAAUCUAUAUAUAUUAUUCUCAAACAUUCAUGAACUGCGCGAUGUUCACACCAAACUACUGUCACAAUUUGAAAAUUCAUUGAAAAACUGGAAAGAUGAAUCAACUAUUGGUGAUAUUUUUUUACCUUUUAUGGGAGAUUUCCAAAAAUUAUAUGAAGUGUAUAUUAAUAAUUAUGAAAAAGCUUUUGCCUAUACCAAGUAUUUAAAGACCAACAGUAAUUGUGCAACCGUUUACAAGAAGAUUCUGUCGGGUGAGUGUAACGAUCGUUGUCGUAAUUUGGAUUUCGGUAGUUUCAUUGUUAUGCCUGUCCAAAGAUUGCCACGUUACAUCAUAUUCCUAAAGGAGAUCGAAAAGUUCACUGCACCUGACCACCCCGACACCAAUAUGGCUGCGCUUGCUCUCUGUCAGCUUCACGACUUGACUCUCUACUUGAACGAAUCGAAGCGAACCUCGAGCGAUGCCGACAAGAUAGCCGAGAUCAAAUCUAUAAUAAGCGGUGCCGACGACUUGAUUGGUGGCUCCAAAUAUAUUAUGGAGGGACAGCUGUCACUGCUUAAAGGCAUGGUGGCAUCCACCAAGAAAGACCUCUUUGUAUAUCUCUUUAAGGAAUAUUUCCAAAAUUCAUUCCAAGUUGUAACAUCUAAAAAAGUAUAUACAUUUGUUGCACCAUCGACAGAAUUGAAGGAUAAAUGGAUGAGUGCAUUAAUUGAUUGCCAACAAUGUAUUACACCACCACCAACUCCAUCACCACGUUCAUCCAGACGUUCAGUUCAAGUCGCUUCACAGAAUCCAUUGUCACCUCAAUGGAAAAAAUAA